AGACACCACUGUUGGAAACCAGGACACCAGAAUGUGUGCUAAAAAGUCUCCAGAAGAACUGAAGGCCAUUUUUGAAAAAUAUGCAGCUAAAGAAGGGGAUCCUGACCAGCUGUCCAAGGAGGAGCUGAAGCUUCUGAUUCAGGCGGAGUUCCCCAAACUGCUCAAAGGUCCAAACACCCUAGAUGACCUCUUCAAAGAACUGGACAAGAACGGAGAUGGAGAAGUUAGUUUUGAAGAAUUCCAAGCAUUAAUAAAGAAGAUAUCCCAAUGAAGGAGAGAGCCAAGCAGCAUCCUGAGCCCCCAGGGAAGGGUGCCUGGGACUGAGCCCUGCAUGGUGCAGUCCCCAAGGGGCCUGGGGAAUUCUUGACAAUGACAAUUAUCUG